CAGUGUGAAGGUACUUAAUGCGGGAACCACUGUCCCUGGUCAACGUGCGGAAGAGGAGCCUGGAAUCUGGAGACGACGACCUGCCGACCAGGAUGGACCACUACAAAGCCAAGGCUACGCGGCACAUCUUCCUCAUCAGGCACUCGCAGUACCACGUGGACGCGUCCCUGGAGAAGGACCGCACUCUGACGCCCCUGGGUCGUGAGCAGGCUGAGUUGACUGGUCUCCGACUUGCAAGCCUGGGGUUGAAGUUUAAUAAAAUCGUGCAUUCCUCCAUGACCCGUGCGGUGGAAACCACCGACAUCAUCAGUAAACACCUGCCAGGUGUCUCCACGGUCAGCACAGACCUGCUGAGGGAAGGUGCCCCCAUCGAGCCCGACCCGCCCGUGUCGCACUGGAAGCCGGAGGCUGUGCAGUAUUACGAGGACGGGGCCCGGAUUGAGGCUGCCUUCCGCAGUUACAUCCACCGGGCAGACACCAAGCAGCAGGAGGACAGUUACGAGAUCUUCAUCUGCCAUGCCAACGUCAUCCGCUACAUCGUGUGCCGGGCGCUGCAGUUCCCUCCGGAAGGCUGGCUCCGUCUCUCCCUCAACAAUGGCAGCAUCACCCACCUGGUGGUCCGGCCUGAUGGCCGAGUGGCACUCAGGGCUCUUGGGGACACGGGCUUCAUGCCUCCCGACAAGAUUUCCCGCUCCUGAGGCCGCUGCGAGGCCAGUGCCUGGCUCUGCUGCGGGAGCCGGGAACAAGGGCCGUGUCCCCUGCCUUCCGUCCGCAGGUGGCACUGCGGUCGCUGUUUCUCCAGGAUGAGGCUGCGGAGUGGAAACACCUGCCACACGGCACAUCGUCAUCCUCCUGCCCAGAGUGGCAGGGGGCGCUCGGGCCCCGCUGCCGGGUCUCCCCAGGUCCUCUGCCCCAGGCUCACCUACUAGGAUGGGCCUGUGGGGGUGGAGGCCCCGCGGGGCCCUGCAGGUGUGCACCGGGGCCUGUGGCCAGGACCGCGACCGCAAGAGGCAGCGAGCCCAUCAGGCUGAGGGCGUCAGGAGGGCCCGGCGCUUCCAUCCUAAUGUCUUUGCUUCGUACGUUCUUUUUGUAAGAUCCUCUCGUCACUUAUGUUAAAGACUUUCCUCACCUGGGUUCUUUUCUGAAAACCGAUUCCUCGCUCCGGAGUUACGCACCCCUGAUGCUACUGCAUCUGAACUCACGUGUCUUCAAGGCCUUUGCGGACAUGGGCACCCAGGCAGGUGGUGGGGGCCAGGGGGAGAGGGUCCUGUUUAAAAUAUCCAGCUGAUGGCUGAAUCUUUGUUUGCCUCUAGCUGUUAAUCUUUUAUGCUUAUGGAUGAAAACAUUUAGACACGACAUGUCCAUCAUAAGUAUUCUGUUAAUUUACCAAAAACCCUACAAUUUCUGCGAAGUGGUUAUGGACAUUUUCUGCUGUGAUCAGUGCAACUGAGAUAUUUGAUCCAUUUCUGUUAACUUGGAAAUAACUACAAAAUAAAGUUUUAUUUUACUGGUUUUUCAAA